ACUCACAAUCAGAGGGAGAGGAGCGAGCCGCCAUUUUCCCAGCUCGUUGCUUCCCCCUCAAACUGCAACAAUAAAAACGGAUAAACCGGACUUUACGCCGCCAAAAUCGAACACGAAAGGUUUUUCGGAACAGGAGGAACGGGAUUGCGCCGACUGAACGACCGGAAAAGGAUACAUUUCAGUCGGUUUUCGUGGCUUUUUCGGGGGCGAUUAAAAACAGCCGACUGGCCUCCUGUAGCUCGACUGCCCCCGUUUCUUUCGCCCAUUUCGUGAUUCCUAAACGCAGCCCGGAGGAGUGGGAGGAGGAGGAAGAGGAGGGGGGUUACCGAACACCGGAGCGCGCGAGAGGCCGGGGAUUUUUCCACCUGAACGUGCAACAGAGGAAUCUGGAUCUGGAUAAUUGCUUUUGUCGUUUAUUUUUUUUACUAUAAUUCUUAAGCCCGGGGAUUUAUUACGUAAAUUUCCCCACAGAAUCGGCUACUCAUCACGUGGCUGCCCUCUGGCUCAGCGGUAGGUGGGUGGUGUGGAGCUGGCCUCAGCACCGGGAGAGGCCCCCUCGCCCGCCCCCUCCCAGUGCUGCAUGGCUGCAAUGGCGCCCGCUCUGACCGACGCGCCGGCCGAAGCUCACCGCAUACGCUUCAAACUGGCUCCGCCCUCAUCCACCCUCUCCCCAAGUGGCGUGGAGGGAAGCGAUACCGGCAGCCACAUCCUCGUGUCCAGUAACGGCGCUGUGAAGCGCAAGGCCUCAGAAGAGCGCCCCGCUCGUGGGGCUGGUCCCUGUAAGCCCCUCGUGACCUCGUAUCACUGUUCAGAUGUGACACCUGUGUCUUCUGCUAAAGAGUCAUCCCUCAAACUGCAAGGUGUUCUACUUCAGAAGCACGGCAUCCUGCCCAGCCUCAUACCGCGAAAGCACCAGGCUUUGGAGAUCUCUGAGGAGCAGCUAAAGAGCAUCAUGAGUGCCGGAGGAGGGGGUGGAGCUUGCGGGCCACCUUCCGUCCAAGGCACCACUGUCAACGGUAUGGCAAAGAAAGUGACUAAAUCGGGCCCUGACCGAGACAACGGUGUUACCUUAAACGGCGGCCAACGCGGUGUUGAGCAGAAUUUGUCAAACCAGACUCAAGUUGUCAAUUCUACUGGGGGAUUGACCAGGAACGGUCCUCUUAGAGACGUUUCGGAGCAGCACCAGCCCUUAAUAGGUGUAUCCCAGAACUGUCCCAGCAAUGGAGAGCCUCCUGCGACUUCUCCACCCUCCGUUGCACUCUUCAACCUCACAGAGGGAAAAAAUUCAGACUGUCCGCCAAUAAGCUGCGAGGAUGUGUCAAUCCUCACACUAUCUACCCUGCAAGAUCCUUUGGGUGGCCUGGGGGUUGAGCUCUGUGAUCGGACUCAGCACAGCCAGAGCAGACAGGGCGAGAUCGAGGCGAGGCUGAGGCGACUUCGCAAGCGGCUUCAGGUGGUACAGGCCAAACAGGUGGAGCGCCACGUGCAGCACCAGUUGGGCGGACUUCUCGAGAGCACACUCGGUGCUCUGGAUUCCAGACGGCCUAGGGGGCGUCAUGGAGACGAUGCCCUCACUCCUCAGGAGAGGGAUGGACUGGGACGCUUCCUGAAAGGAGGCUCCAUGCCAGCCGAGUUGGAACGACUGUCUCUGAGUUGCACCACCAACCUGCGAUGUGCUGAAAGCGCUUUUGAUUCCGAUGCCACGGAAAGCAGCUCUGGUGGAGAAACUGAUGUGGAGGAAGAUGAACUGGCUCGGGUUGACAUCGAACAGCGGCACAUUCCUUUAUGGAGAAGAGCGGAAGGCCGUUAUGCGGUGGACCGGGCCGCUAUCAUCAGUCGCUGGAAUUGGCUACAGGCACAAGUCUCGGACCUGGAGUACCGUAUACGGCAACAGACAGACAUCUACAGACAGAUCCGCUCCAGCAAGGGAUCCGUCCAACUGGGGGAGAGCUCAAUGUGCCAGUCUGUACAGGAGGACAGCGGUGGCUCCAGAACAGAGACCAUUACCUGCCCUGUCUCACGUGAUCAUGAUACUGUUGGAGUGGAGGGAUCUGUGUCGUCCCAUGGUAUCGCCAAGGAAACAGGCUUGAGGAAAAGCUGUACACCUGGCAGACAGGUCAAUGGUGUCAUCAACAGUUUACGGCCUGGUUCCCCCGACAGCUCGGACCUAGACGAGCAUCUCCGCUCCGGGGCUCAGCAGAAGCAGACAGACUCUUUGGCUCCCCCUGCACUUGCCAGUACGUGUGUGGCUGCACGCACGCGCCCACUUCUCUCCUGCAGGAAACGCCGCGUACUGCGACCCGGCUCGCUCACCAGCCUCAGUCGUAAGGCUCAGAGGUCGAUGGCUCCUCGCUGUGGCUGUGAGCUGAACGCUCAGUGUGUGAUGUGCAGUGGACGUACACUCGUUCCUGCUGAAACCCAACAUCAGCUCCCCCUGCUGGACAGACUGGCACAGUUCGACCCCUGCAUUCACCCUAUACUCUCCUUUUCAGACGGUUCUUAUAUUUCAGAUGUGAUGAUGAAUCUCCAUAUGCAACGUGUGCUGAAGGGACACUGGCAGAGUCGUCCUCUGGAGAAGAUCAAACCCCUCAAGAAGAUCUCGCUUAAGCACAAGCUGUGCAUGAGCAGCCGCGUCUCUGAUCCGAAACACAAGCUUUCCAACUCUCUGCUCUCCACAGUCCGUUUGUCACAUCUCAAGAUGCGCUCGGAGAAGGUUUCCAGACAGCAGUCAGAUAUCCCAUCCAGCGCCAGUAAACUUGACCCUCGGCAGCAUUUCCGGCAGAGCAGUUCAUUCGACAGGAGCCACAGCCGCAAGAGACCCCGUGAGCCCUCGCUGGAGCGUGUGGAGAAUACUCCCAAGUUGUACAUGGAGAUGGGAAGCCCCAGUCCUUCUCUAUCUGCUCUGAAUACACCCUCCCACAGCCCCCUGACCAGACAACUGUCGAUUUCGGAGAGCUCCACACCCCUCCAUCUCGGCGGCAAUGUUGCAACCAUCCGUCGGAGGAGAGGAGAAAGCCCCUUUGACAUCAAUAACAUAGUCAUCCCCAUGUCUGUGGCCGCGACCACCAGAGUGGAGAAGCUGCAGUACAAAGAGAUCCUCACCCCGAGUUGGAGAGAAGUGGAUGUUUUUGCAAAACCAAUAGCUGAAGAGGAAGAAGUCAUGGAGAUUGAGGAUCUGUCUGAUGUGGCGUUCUCACAGCUUCACCUUGCGUAUGAGGAUCAGGAACGUUCUCGCUGGAGCUGGACUGCCAGCUCCUUAGCAAAGAGACGGGGCAGCAGGUCUUUCAAGUCUGUGGAUGGACGGACUACACCCUUACAGGGUGGCACCAACCCAUCCACUCCACAGCCCUCGUCCCCAGACACAGGGCAUUUUCACCUGCUGGAGGAGUACAACUCUGUGGUGUCUCCCUCAAGCCCUGUCAGCCCGGAGAUGGUGAUGCUGUCAGGCCUGUACACGCCCGGCUCCAGAGACUCCAACCGACUGCUGUCCAACGAGGACACGCGCUGCUCCACGCCAGACACUUACGAGGAAAUGCCAUGGGAAUGCCGGACCUUUCCCCUGGAUGUGGAGCCAGAGCAGGAGUCCGAAUUCCAUCCCAGUCCAUCUGACGAGAGGCCCUGUAGGACCAUGCGACGCAUUUCCGGCUGCAGGUCGUCCAAAUCCGAGUCCGAGGCCGGACCUUCGUCGCCUCUCCCAGAUGAUGGCGCAAAGCCGAAGCUAACCAAUCCACCCAAACCUACUCACCGUUGAAGCCUAGACUCAUCUACACACCCCCGACCCCACCGGCUUUCAGAAACUCACGAAACGGCAACGUCGAAGGAAGAAAACCAACAAAACGAAUGAAAGUCCCUGUUGUUUGAUAUUCAAACAUCAGUCAAAUUCUUUCACGCUUUUUAGUGAAUUGUAUGGAGAUAUACAUAGAGACCUGUUUUAAUUCAAUCUUUGGGUUACUGGGAAAAAAUAUGUUAAAAAUUGAAAAGCAAGAGAGAGAUUAGCUCGAGGCUUAAGCAGAUGCUUAGAAUUGUAGUAAGUUGCAAAACAGCACUUCCCCCUUAGCAUGAUGUCGUACUGAGGGGCACAGCUUGCGUUUCGUGGUACCCUUUCAGAAUUCUCCAGUGUUCCACCUAAAAUGACUUGCUCAGCUUUGCAGUUUAUAAUGGAGUGAUGAAGUUCAAAAAUAAAGUGAAUAAUAAGAAGAAAUUCACGUGAAGAUGUAAAUGUGAAAGCACUUCAUUUUUAUUCCCUCCACACCUAAACAUUCCUUAACCAAGAACAAUUUUCCGCACGUUUAAUUUAAUGUCUGUGAAUUGUGUAAACCCCACAGUUUCAGUUACUGUCCAAAUAGGGUCACUACAAGUAGUUUCCCUUUCUAUCAGAGAGAUUGACAGAGCAGGUGACUACAUACACAACUGCCGUGUAGCUCGCACAUGCUUUUAUUAAUGCCACAGUCUGAUUGGAGCACUUAAUUGGUAUCUUGUACCACCACACUAUUGCCAGUAACGCUACCGUCCUGCUUAAACAUUGGCAACUCUCAAUUGAAGCUUAGCCGCUCACUGCAAAUCUGUUGCUUAGCACCAUGUGCUUUUCCUAUAGUGAAAUUGGCUCUCUUUUAAAGCACUUGAACGUCCUUUAAGAUUGAAGUUGCUAAUAGUGUCUGAAGAACUAUGCCCGAUCAGAUUGCAAAUUACAUUGUUGGCAAAAAAUAUUCUGUCAAUGACGUCCAAGUCAAUCACUCCAAUAUAAACUGACAUUAGCUGCCCUGUGACGUUUGUAUCCGUCAUUUCGAUUACACGUUUCCCUUUGCAUUGCCUUGUGUGUUAAUUGGUCAGGUCUAAAUUCCUUGUGGCUAUUGAACUUUCUGCAAUACCUUCAGCCAUCAUUGAACCCGUUAACAUGGUGUGAACGUUAGCGAUAUUAAAGUGCUUAAGACAGGCAAGGACUUGGCAAAGUUUCAUUCGUUGGCUCCUUUCUUAUCUGUUGCUGCGUCGGCUUCAGCUCCAUUUUUCCAGUGUGCAUUGACGAGGAUGGAUUUCUGUUAGUUCCCCUAGUCAGUGCGUCACUGCUUGCAACCCCCUUCCUGUUAUUUUAACUACUAAGAAUGUACAAGUCUAAUAGCAGACACCGAUUACUUACCGUUUUUAUUAGUAGCUUCUCUGUAUCUUUGUCGUCACGCGAUUCUAGCUCUCAUAGCCAUUUGUUCUCGUUUAAAGGAUGUCAUGUUAACCAGAGAAUUGUAUUCCUUUUAUCUCGUUGGAGCGAAACGGAAUCGACAGCUUACGAGAGAUCUCCUGUUUCAUAGAUGUGUGGCAAAUCGUCAGGGACCAUCCACGACUGUCCCAUUUCCUGCUGAGAACCCCGCCGCCCCUUUUUCAUUCUUAAUAUCAUCAAUUAUGGUUUUAUGUCUCUAUGUGGGGCUCUGUGUACUUAUCAGGCAAAUGUACCAUAAGGUUUGACUAGCUUUCAAAAGCCAAUAUUGUAUCGUGUGAGUUAUUUUCAUACUUUGAAUUUCCAAUGUGGUGAAUGAGGUUUGGGUGAGUCUGGUAAUAUCCUUUAGCAUGUAAUAGUUUGUACAAAACGACACAAAAAAAAGUUUAUUUUGUACAUACCUUGUUUGAUUCUUUACUGUGUUUGAUGUUCAGGCUGUAGCUGUCCUGAUUGUCUAGGGAGAAGACACGUACAAAUAUUUAACACUUUCUUUAUGCAGAUGCAAAAAGGAAAAAAGUUUAUGGAUAAUUGGCCAAUCUGACAUACAGGCAACGUUUGUGCUUCUCAAAUUAAAAGUGAAUUAUAUUGUACAAUU